CAACCAUACACAACAGCAACCACACACCAUCACCAUGUCCCGCCAACCCUCUCAGGCCCAGCGCCCUCUGACCCUCACCGAGGAGCUCGAGAAGCUCGAGCAAUCCAUCACCCUCACCCUCCAAGAAAUCGACCACAACUUCAGCCAAGCGCACCGCAUCGUCACAACCAGCAUCCUCCCCGUCGUCGAACAAUACGCCGACAGCUCCCGCGACGUCUGGCAAGGCGCCCAGUUCUGGAAACAAUUCUUCGAAGCCAGCGCGAACGUCUCCCUAUCAGGCUACGAAGAAAAGCCCACCGAAGACACCUUCCAAGACCAAACCGCCAGCACCGCCGAAGAAGAAGACCCCUCCUCUACCUCCUUAGCCGAAACAGAAACCCAAUCCCCCUCACACCGAGCCACAGACAUGGAAAUGACCUCCCUCAGCCUCUCCUCGCACAGCACGCCCCGCGCACCCCUUCACGACCAAUCCUACAACGAUGACGACACCGAAACGCACUUCCCUCACCGUCCCCAAACCAACAACAACCUAGACGACGACUUCGACAUCGACCUCGACAUCCACGAUAACUACGACGACGAAAAUGACCCGUACCUCCCCACUACACCCGCCAAAUACACAUCCUCCUCUCGUCAUCACAGCAACCAUAACGAAUACGCCACGCAUGAUGAAUCGCACACCCCGCUCUCCUCCUCCCCCUUCGUCCCGCCGCCCGAAAAUCCCGUCCUGCACCAAAUGCACGACAAGACGUACCGCGUCCAAGCCACGCCCCUGGGCAAGGGGUACCCGUCCGCCUCCGCCCGGUCCAAGUUCGCCGUAACGCCCAAGACAAAUAAGAAUAAAUACGCGUACAACGAUUCCCCGAUCUCGAGUCCGGAGCCGGAGGCGCCGCGGUUGCAUGCGGAGAUUUUUUCGUCGCCGAUGAAGGGGGUUGAGACGCCGAAUACGGGGCGGAGGAGGAGGCCAAGCUCACAUCGGGCAAGACUUACCCCGCAGCCCGGUUUGAGUGUGCUUACGCCGGCGAGGGGGGUUGGUGGUGGUGGUGGCAGACGGGGAGGGUGGGAUAGCGAUGAUGAUAUGGAGCUCGAUGAGGAUUUGGGCCCCAGUCCCCCGAAGACGAUGCAGUUUCAUAUUCCGCAGAGUCGAUUGAUGAAGACGCCUGCUAAGGAAGCCUCGAAGCGCAUCGUGGAGGAUCUGCUCUUCACGGCAGGCGCGAAUGACACCACAGAUGAUCUGCCAGACGAGCAGAGCCCUAGUGUGAUUCGACGCGUCGAGCGGUUGGAGGAUGAGACUUUCUAGGUUCUGGGCACGUUGCAUGGUCACACUGGGGGUUUGUUUACGUUGUGGAUUAUGACAAAUAUGAAUACAUACACAGAUAUGAAUACAUACUUAAUCACGAUCUACUACGUAGCAAUAAGUUAUGAAUGCAUACACAAACACAAAUGCAUAAUUAGUCAAGCUCUCGCACUGGGUUACGUUGAUACCCCAGUAUCCUCCUUCUACCCCCAUCACUACGACACUACGCUAUCUCAACCACCCUCAACAUAAAACGCAACUAUUAAAAAGACCUGGGUAUGGUAUUCCAGACGUCCACUCAAAGCACAGGGCACAGGACAGGACAGACACGAGAUCGACUGUUUCGGUAACACCACGACUAAGUACUAGCUUCGAACCUGCGGGAUUCAACCAAGUAGAGGAAAAAAGAAAGAGAUUACAUGCGUGUAGGGUAGUGCAAGGACACAUCAGGGUAUCG